CUGUUUGUAUAAAAAAAAGGAGGAGAAAUAAGAAACAAAACCAAAAUUCGGAAAUGGGAGGUGGAGAGGAAGACUGCAGGACAAUCCCAGCCAUUGACCUAAAAAAAUUUCCAGAAGUAGAAGAGUACAGGAAGCUGAGGGAAGCAUCAGAGACAUGGGGAUGCUUCAGGCUUGUGAACCACAUGAUCCCAUCGGCUCUGAUGUCCGAGAUGCUAUCAGUGGUCAGAUCUUUGCUGGACCUGCCCAUGGAGAUCAAGAAGCAGAACAAGGAUGGGAUAACUGGCAGUGGAUACCUGGCUCCCAGCAUAGUCAACCCUAUCUAUGAAUCUUUGGGGUUCUACGACUUGGGAUCGUGUCAGGCUUUGGACAGCUUUUGCUCUCAGUUAAAUGCUUCUUCCUACCAGAGAGAGGUGAUAGAGAAGUAUGCUCAAGCAGUGUGUGAGCAGAUCGUGGAUAUAGGGCAGAAAUUGGCAGAGAGUCUAGGGUUGGCUGAUAAUGAUUAUCUCAAGAGGUGGCCCUGCCAGUUCAGGAUAAACAAGUACACCUUCACUCCUGAAUCAGUUGGAUCCACUGGUCUACGAUUACACACGGAUUCGGGAUUUCUAACCAUUCUUCAAGACGAUGAAAUUGUCGGUGGCUUGGAAGUGAUGGACAAAUCCGGCACCCUUGUAGCUGUUGAUCCUUGCCCAGGCACUCUCCUUGUUAAUCUCGGGGAUGUCGCUCAGGCAUGGAGCAAUGGAAGGUUGUGCAAUGUCAAGCACAGAGUACAAUUCCGGGAGGCAAGAAUUCGAGUUUCGAUCGCUUCAUUCCAACGUGGACCAAAUGAGGAAGCAGGAGUGGAAGCUCCUCCAGAAUUGGUGGAUUCCGAGCACCCUCGACUUUACGUUCCCUUUACUUAUGAAGAUUACAGAAAGCUAAGAUUCUCCGCAAACCUGCAUGGUGGUGAAGCCCUUGCACUUGUACGCACCUCCUUCUAAGCUAGUUUGGUAUUCCUAUGCUUUUAAAAAAACUACUUCUGUUGUACUAUGAGGAGAAACAACUAUAAAAUACAGUAAUAAAGUAUUUGGUAAACUUUAAUUGUAAAAGUGCUUGAGUGUUUUGUAAACUUUUAUGUAAAAUUAUUGUGAAAGUAUAAAAUGACAAAAAUGGGUAUGUGAUGAUGUGAUAUUAUCGUA